GCAGAAUACUCGGGCUUAGCUUGUUUGUUUAGGCCAAUCCAAUUCCAAGCAUGGAAGUGGAGAUCUCAGCAGUAGCAGUAGCAGCAGGCAGCAAUGAAUCUCAAAAAUCGAGUGUGGCAGUGGAUUCAGAGAACAAGGCCACAGAAUUCAGACUGAUGUCCAUAGCCAAACCACACAUGAGAGCAUUCCACCUCUCAUGGAUCUCCUUCUUCUCAUGCUUUGUCUCCAGCUUUGCAGCACCGCCCCUCCUCCCCAUCAUCCGGGACAAUCUCAACCUCACCGCCACAGACAUCGGCAAUGCAGGAGUGGCCUCAGUCUCCGGCGCCGUCUUCGCAAGAGUAGCCAUGGGGACAGCCUGUGACUUGGUGGGCCCUCGCCUGGCCUCCGCCUCCCUCAUUCUCCUAACUGCACCGGCUGUCUACUUCACCUCACUCAUCAACUCAGCCACCUCCUACCUCCUUGUCCGCUUCUUCACCGGAUUCUCCUUAGCUACCUUCGUGUCCACGCAAUUCUGGAUGAGUUCCAUGUUCUCUGCCCCUGUUGUAGGCAGAGCAAAUGGAUUCUCCGGCGGAUGGGGGAACCUUGGAGGAGGGGCAACCCAACUCAUCAUGCCAUUAGUCUUUUCCCUCGUCCGAGACAUCGGCGCGGCGCAAUUCACGGCCUGGAGAAUCGCAUUCUUUGUCCCUGCAUUCUUCCAGAUGCUCACAGCAUUCUCUAUAUUAAUAUUUGGACAGGACACGCCAGACGGCAACUUCCAGAGGCUAAAGAAGUCAGGGCAGAAACCAAAAGAUGAAUUCUCAAAAGUUCUUUUCCAUGGUGUAACUAACUAUAGAGGCUGGAUUCUGGCGUUGACUUAUGGAUACUGCUUUGGUGUGGAGUUGACUAUUGAUAACAUCAUAGCUGAGUACUUCUAUGACAGAUUCAAUCUCAAGCUGCACACUGCUGGGAUCAUUGCUGCCAGUUUCGGAUUGGCGAAUCUGUUCUCCAGGCCCGGUGGAGGGUUCAUAUCUGAUGCAGUUUCAAAGAGGUUUGGAAUGAGGGGUAGGCUCUGGGCCUUGUGGCUUUGCCAAACAUUCGCUGGUGUCCUCUGCAUAAUUCUUGGGCUUGUUGGAUCUUUGAGUGUUUCUGUUGUUGUUAUGAUCAUAUUCUCUGUGUUUGUUCAAGCUGCUUGUGGCAUGACCUUUGGAAUUGUUCCUUUUGUCUCAAGAAGGUCAUUAGGAGUGAUAUCAGGAAUGACAGGAGGAGGAGGGAAUGUGGGUGCAGUUGUGACCCAACUAAUAUUCUUCAAAGGAUCAAAAUUUUCAAAAGAGAGGGGAAUUACACUAAUGGGUGUGAUGAUGAUAAUAUGCACCCUCCCCAUAUGUCUAAUAUAUUUCCCGCAGUGGGGUGGCAUGUUCUUUGGUCCAUCAUCAAAGAAAGUUACAGAAGAAGACUACUACCUUGGUGAGUGGAACUCAAAGGAGCAAGAGAAAGGGUCACACCAUGCAAGCUUGAAGUUUGCUGAUAAUAGUGUUAGUGAGAGAGGCAGAAAACACAACACUUCAACAAGACCUAAUGAUGAACCAACACCAACAUAUGUUUGAUUAUUUAUUUCCCCUUUUCCAAGUUGUAAUAAUAUUAAUGCCUGUUCAUAAGUUUGCUUGCUGAAACAAUACUGUUUGAUGAAACUUUGAUUGCAUUCUUCCUCGGCUUCAUCCAAUUUUGAA